AUGGCAGCUUCAGUGUCCAUCGAGAUGACGCCUCUGGACACGGGGCAGCAGUUCAUCAGUACCCAUUUUGUGACGCCGAAAUCGGACGGCCGAUGGCGUCCACUGUUCAAUUUGAAGCGCCUGAACGAAUUCGUCACCACAGCUCAUUUCAAGAUGGAGUCACUCCACAAUGUGCGAGAACUUCUACCACCCGCCGGGUUCAUGGCAAAGCUGGAUCUGAAGGAUGCAUUCCAUUCAAUUCCAGUACACCCGUCAAGUCGCCGUUGGCUUCGCUUGGAGUGGAAGGGCAGCCUGUCUCUGGGCGUGCGCCUGAUCGUGUACCUGGACGAUUGGCUCAUUCUGGGACCCACAGCAGCAGCAGUCCGCCAGGGCAUAGAAGCAGCUGUGUUUCUCCUGGAACAUCUAGGAUUUGCAAUCAACGAUGCCAAGUCACAACUGAGCCCCAGUCAAGAGAUAGAAUUCCUCGGAAUCGAGGUCAACUCAGUGCGCAUGAUCUUCACUUACCCCAACAGGAAGCUCAAUCACCUCCAGCACGAGUGUCGGCGAAUUGCCAACAAGGCGACAGCCUCUCUCCCGGAACUACGUUGCCUUGUGGGAAAGAUCCAGGACUGCACCAAAGCUAUUCCACUGGCCAGGGCUCACAGCCGCGGCCUUCAAUGGAUGUUGAACAGCCUUAUGGGAGCACCAGAGGGACAGCGACGCAUGCUUCCGCCCGAGGCCCAAGCAGAUCUACAAUGGUGGGUCGAACUGUGCCCUGCCCAGUGCUGCAAGGCCAUAGUAACCCCUCCACCGUCGAGAAGCCUGACAACAGAUGCUUGCGAUACAGGCUGGGGUGCUACCAGCGACCACCAGAUGGACGGCGGGCCUUGGCGGAUGGAAGAGAUGGAUUACCACAUCAACUGGAAGGAGCUGAAAGCAGCGCACUUGGGUCUGCAGAUGUUCUUUUCCUCCAGUCACGACUGCACGAUCCGGCUGGAGAUGGACAACACAACAGCAGUGGCGUACGUCAACCACCAGGGCGGCACCCACUCGUAUCGUUUGUGUCAGCUGGCCCUCGAGAUCUGGCAAUGGGCAGCCGACCGUAAGAUACACCUGCUGGCCGUGCAUGUCCCCGGGGUGGAGAAUGUCACAGCAGACUAUCUCUCCAGGACAAUCGUGGACGACAGCAGCGACUGGAUGUUGAAGAGAUCUGUCUUCCAAUCUCUACAUCACCAGCUGGGACCAUUCACGAGGGACCUGUUCGCCGCAUGGCACAACAGCCAGCUCCCUCUGUACGUCAGUUGGCAUCCGGACCCGGAGGCGGAAGCAGUGGAUGCAUUGUCCGUUCUGCCCUAUCUGUGGGAGAACUGUUACCUGCUCCCUCCGAUUGCGUUAGUGGGCCGAUGCCUGCAGUAUGUUCUCCAACAUCAAGUCCGCAACGCUGUCCUCGUAGCACCGGCAUGGCCAUCUCAGCCGUACUACCCUCUCUUGCUGGAGAUGAUUGUUCUGCCUCCAACUCAGCUUCCGGUCAUGGAAGAUCUCCUCCUGGAUCCCCAAUCAUGCCACCACCCACUGUGGGAUCGCCUCCAGCUAGCCGCCUGGACUAUCUCCGGCAAUCAGCAGCACAGCAAGGACUUUCGCCGCAAGCUGCCACGUUGUGGGUGGGGUCGUGGCGAACCAGCACCUCAGCGUCGUACCAGUCAGCAUGGAAGCGAUGGCUGGGCUGGUGUAGUAGCAGGCACACCGAUCCCUUGGCGGUCGAUGCGGUGA